ACGCCGCGCGCGACGCGACGUUUGCACCGGCCGGCGACGCUCCGUGUCUGCAGACGAGUGACAGGUCCGCGGUCUUGCGACGUGUCUUCGGUGGGCACACGACGGGUCCUUCGGGACGUAUGUGACGCGUUCGCGGAUGUUCGUUCUCGGUCCGUUCCGUGCGGUACACCUGUUAGUCGCGUGUUCGCGCAAUUAUCGACAGAGCCAACUCUGUGUGACUCUCCCAGCCGAGGACGCCGGAUUUUUAUCAGUAUGCUGCCUUCUGAGGCACCACCGUUGGCUGACAUGUGUAAAUAAAAGACGCGAGUUUUGCUUGUCAGUGCUUUUUCCGAGUGCGAUCUCACUAUAUGUGUAGAUGUCGUGGUGCUUCUUGCGACGACUCGCUGUAUCACUGGCCCGAUCUGCAGCGGGUGUUCAGUUUGUGUGCUGCAUUUAAAGCCAGCAGAGCUUUAGAGUGGUUCUUAUUGCCAUGAAAGUGAAACUGCACAUCGCUGCUGUGGACGUGGAAACUUUCUUCUCGAGUGUGCUCUGGCUCAACCUGCUGCGCAACAAGUGACUGGCAGUGACUUUCACGAUUAUUUGAUUGAAACUGUGAGGAGUCUACCUUGCGAUACGUGUUGAUUGGAGAUAUCAUGCUGGCACUGCGUACAGUUCGCAAUUGCCUCCCGCAGUUGCUCAAGGGAUAGACAAGAGAUUACUGUGUAUGUUGAUAAUAGGUUUUUUUCUGAAAUUGUUUCUGGUUCACAUCCAAGGGAUGAUGAACACCGUUUGGUGACAAAACAUUGGCACUCUCAGGUCAGGGACUGUGGUAGGGCAACAAAAUCUGCAGGUAUUUUGUGGACACAUUGGAGAAGUCUAGAGAAGGUGUGAUACCAUUUGGGCUACAGUGAGGCGGUAACUACUGAAAGGCCAGCGUACCUCUGUUUUCGUCGACACCUGUUGGAUGCUGGUGAAUCAGUGAUCGCGGCAGAGUGCCACUUCAGCGCCCGGUGAAAGUGAAGUGCACAGUGAAGCGAGGCCAGCUCCAGCUCCGCCGCCGUCGCAAUGACGGACGCCACGGAUCGGUCGCCGCGGCGCUCGGCGUCGCGGCUGGGGCGUCGCCUUUCGCGGCGCCUGUCGCUUGUGACCAGGGUGCCCGGCCUCAUCUCGGCCAGGCUGAAGGACCGCGGGCCGCCGCCGCCACGCUCUUUCGAGAUCACCGCCAUCGCCCCCGACAAGACGCAGCGCAUACUUCCGGCGACGAGCCCGUACCUGGUGCUGCAGCUGGCGGCGCCCGUGCUGACGGAGUUCGGCCUGUGCGAGUACCGCCUGCGGCUGGCCGGCUCCAAGGCCGCGGUCGACCCUAACGCCGACGUCUCGCUGCUCGAGGGCGACAUACUGCUCAUCGAUCCGCCCUGGACCUGCAGCGAGCGAGCUGAGGGCGACGCGCGGCUGCGGCUGACGGAGCAGCUGUGGCAGGGAGAGCGGCAGUUCUCGCGCGAGCUGUCGGCGGCCGGCGAGCUGUGGGCGGGCCCGCUGCGCAGGCUGCCCUCCACGCUCAGCCCGCACCAGCACGACACCGUCUUCCAGGGGCUGGCCGCGCUCGCCAAGGCCGCCGCCACCUUCGCCGCACAGAUCGGAGAGGUUGUGGAGAACUGGAACCCUGAAACUUCUGAAGUUGGGCAGCUCUUCUCGCAACAGCUGUGGGACAACUUCGAGGAGUACCAGGACACGUACAGACUGGCCAGAGAGCUGCUGCGUGAAAAGUGCGCCGAGGACGAGGAGUUCGUGGAGAUCUGCAAGCUGCGCCGCGGCGCCGCGCUCCACACGCUGGAGUCGCUGCUGGACCUACCGACGGGAGGUGGAGGCGCGGCGGCGUGUGCUACUUGCCUGUGGAGCCAGUGGGUCAGGGCCCAGCCGGGGCGGACAUUUGUUGUGGGUCUGCCCGGCUGCGUCUGCGUCUGGAGCGCAGCUGCGUCUGCCCAGUGCCCGCGGCUGAGGUGUGUACAGAGCGAGCCAGUACACGGCUCAGCGACGCCCUGGGCACACGGAUGCGCCGUUACUACACGCCGGCACACACUGCGCCACGUGAUGUAA